CGGCUGUCACACCCUGCUGGGCACCAGCCAGCGGCUGCCACUGCAAGUUCCCGUCAGGCUGGGCCGGGCGCUCCCCUCUGCUCACAAACAACCUUCACCCAGGGGGCCCGGGGCUGCCAGGACACGGGGCUGGAGCCUGCUGGGCAGGUACUUCUGGGAAGAGGUCGUCUUGGCCACGGUUCCUCGGAGCCUGCAGCAAUCUGGCGUGGACACACUGCAUCCCUCAGCCAGCUGGGCUGGCACUGCCCAGGGCUCCGUCAGCACCGCGCCCUGCUGCGCCCCGGCCAUGCGGGGUGGCUGGCAGGGAGUGCCCUGGCUGCGGGCAGAGCCAGGCCCGGGAUGGGAUGGGACUUGGCUCCCACGCCCAAGCUUCGCCUGCCAGCACUGGGGGGCUGCUUAGUGCCCCCAUGGGGACAGCUCUAGGUUUGGCAGGGGUCAGGGACUGGCUCUGCUUUCUGUGAACCUCAGCUGGUGUCACCGUGCCAGGCCACCAGCAUCUGCAGCCAGAUCCCUCCCUGCAUACUUGUAACUGCAAAAUCCCGGAAACUCUUGGCACGCUGGCUUCCUGUGGGGGCUUGGCUGCCUUCCCAGGAGCCUCUGCCAGGCCGGCUGUGAGCCAGGCGGGGAUUUUUGUGCUUCUCCUGCUGGGAAAGGUGCUGGCUGCCCAUGACGGGGUCAGGAGGUCUGGAGCACAGGGGGCCGCACCAGGGCGAGGGAGGUGGCGAUAAAAGGGAUGAGGAGGGAGCUCUGAGCAGCAUCAGCCUGCAGAAGGAGGCUGUUGUGAGGAGAGGGAGCUGUGACCAUGGGGCCUGCAGUGCUGCUGAUCGCUGGCCUGGCCUGGACCAUGCUGGACACCACAACUGCCACUGAAUGGAGCUGCACAAAGCCUGCGGAGAUCGAACACGGCUACGUGGAGCACCUCAUCCAGUACCGUUGCAACCCGCACUACCGGCUGCGCGGCGCCGGGGAUGGCAUGUACAGGUGUGAUGAGGAUCACACGUGGGUGAGCUCCGAAGCUGGCAGGGAGGUGCCUGUCUGCGAGCCAGUGUGCGGGAAGCCGAAGAACCCCCCCAGGCAGAUGCAGCGCAUCAUCGGGGGCCUGCUGGCUCAGAAGGACAGCUUUCCGUGGCAGGGCCGGCUGGUGACCCGCCAUAACCUCACCGUGGGGGCCACGCUCAUCAGCGACCAGUGGCUGCUGACCACGGGCAGGAAUGUCUACCUGAACCACACUGCGGACGCCAAGCCUGAGGAGAUCGCCCCGACGCUGCAGCUCUUCCUGGGCAGCCAGAAGCAGAAUCAGCCUGCCUUGGACAUUGAGCGUGUGGUGCUGCACCCCGCCUACCCUGAGGCUGUGGAUCUGGCCCUGCUGAAGCUCAAGCAGAAGGUGCCCCUCGGGGAUGAGGCAAUGCCCAUCUGCCUGCCCCAGAAAGACUAUGUGCGCCCAGGGCAGGUGGGUUAUGUCUCGGGCUGGGGCCGCGGCGCCACCUUUGCCUUUCCUGACAUGCUGAAGUACGUGAUGCUGCCAGUGGCGGAGGAGGAGCAGUGCCGGCAGUACUACGAGGCGCGGAACGCGUCCUACUGGGUCCAGCCCACCCUUAGCAAUGACACCUUCUGCGUGGGCAUGAGCGAGCUGCGUGAGGACACGUGCUACGGGGACGCCGGUGGUGCCUUUGCCGUGCAGGACCCCGACGAUGACACCUGGUACGCGACUGGCAUCCUCAGCUACGACAAGACAUGCACGGCCUCCAAGUACGGCGUCUACGUGGAUGUGCGGCGUGUCCUGGCCUGGGUCAAGGAGACGGUGGCGGCCGGCUGAGGCGGGGCCACAGGCGAAUAAAACUGCCCUGCACCUGUCUGCAGGCUCUGUCUGUC